CGCGAUUUUACGAAUUUGUCAGUGGCAAAGUAGAAAAAAUAGCGGAACCGCAGGUUUCCUCUCUCCCCUAGUUCGCCGGCGGCGUCAAACCCUAGCGCCGCCGCCGCCGCCAUGAACCACCUUCGAAACCAAAUCCUUCUUCUCCGCGUCCGCUCCUCCAGCACCUCGCUCUCUCCCCUCUCCCCUCUCCACCGCCUCUUCUCCUCCUCCACCGCCGCCGCAUCCAUCGCCGCAGAACCCUUCGCCGUCGAGGACUACCUGGUCACCACCUGCGGCCUCACCGGGGACCAAGCGCGGAAGGCGGCCAAGACUCUCUCCCGCCUCAGGUCCCCCUCCAAGCCCGACGCCGCCGUCGCCUUCCUCUCCGGCCUCGGCCUCUCGCGCUCCGGCAUCGCCGCCGCCGUGGCCGCCGACCCGAGGUUGCUGUGCGCCGACGUGGAGAAGAACCUGGCCAAGCGCGUCGCCGAGCUCGGUGAGCUGGGCAUCUCGCGCUCCCAGAUCGCGCGCCUCAUCCCGCUCGCCCGUCAGUCCUUCCGCAGCAGCUCGCUCGCCACGAACCUUGGCUUCUGGCUCCCGGUCUUGGGCUCUUUCGAGAAUGUGCUCAUGGCGCUCAAGGCGAACGGAGCGAUUCUUGGCUCCGACGUCGAGAAGGUGGUCAAGCCCAACCUGGCCCUCCUCCAGCAAUGUGGGAUACAUGUCUGCGAUUUCCCCCAUACACGCCUGCCCACUGUGCUCUGCAGGCCACCCAACCAUGUUCAAGAAGCUGUGGCACGCAUCGGUGAGUUUGGCGUGCCACAGUACUCACCGGUGUUCCGCAAUGCGCUUGUGCCAUUUGCUUACCAAAACAAGGAGAAGCUCGCUGCCAAAAUUGGAGUCCUUGAAAUGUUUGGGUGGUCAGAGGACGAUCUCUCGAUGACUAUGAGGAAGGGUCCUGUCGUCAUGAACAUGUCUGUGGAAAGGCUGAGGAAAAAUGUGGAGUUCUUGACAAGGGAUGUUAAGCUCGAGACGCGUUACAUUGCUCGAAGGCCAAUCAUGAUCAGUUAUAGCCUUGAGCGUCGGUUGUUACCCCGGCAUCGCUUGCUCAGGUUUCUCAGUGCAAAGGGAUUGCUUGAUGGUGAAUUGGACUUCUAUUCAGCGGUUGCAUUGACUGAGAAGAAGUUUCUUGACAAGUUUGUGCAUUCUUGCAAGUGUAGCAUUGCAGAUCCUGCUAAUGCUUAUGCUUCUAGCUUUGUUGGGGAUGUUCUGUGAAUUUAUUGUCUGAGAGGACAACAGGAAAAUGGGCUCAUUCUUGUGCUGGGAGGGUACUGACAGGAUUGUUGUGUUGGAAAGAUCAAGGGUUUAGACUUAUACUUUUGCUAUCUCCUUCGUGCUCAUUAAGGUGAAAAGAAGUUAAUUGACAAGUUCAUGCACCCCUACAAGAUCCAGGCCUAGUGAGCAGAUAUGCUUGUUCUGGGAAAAAUACCUGACUGAAGUUCUAUUCUAGCAGAUGAAUGAGAACUAGAGAAUGCGCUCACGCUCCCCAUUGCUUUGUUGGAAGAACAUAGGGUUUGCCAUCCCCCUUGUACAUUGCUAUUACCCUUUUUGCCAUUUUACCGUAGGUGAUCCAUUGUAGUACCACAUGCACUACAAUUGAUUCCCUAUAAAAAUGCAUUAAUUGAUUAGCUGAAGGAAUUUUCUUUUAAAAAGUUGAUGAGCAGCAGAGCUACAGUAUGGCUCCCAUCUUGCUAGGCAUGGAUUAGAUACUGACAUUUCCAUGAGAAACAUGAAUGAUUUGUUGAGCAAGCAUGCUAUUUCCCAGGUUUUAACUGUUUGUUUUUCAAAUGCCUU